AUGUCAAAGGUUCAGGUCCAUCGUGACCUCAAGAAUCUCGCCAUGAGCCAAAAAUCACAGAGACAGCCCUCUCACAACGACAAUCUCGCCAUAUAUCCCGUCCAACAAGCUGCCGGUCCACGAACGUUGGUGGAUAUACUCGACGCUUCUGUCUCAUCACACCCUACGGCCAUUGCCAUUGACAAUGGAACCUCACGUCUAAGUUAUGCCGACCUGUCUCAACAAAUAGCCGCGCGUGUCAAACAAUUGAGAGCCGCAGGCAUCGGCGUUGGCGAUAAAGUGGGUAUUCGUGUUACCUCCGGUUCGAUAGAGUUAUAUGUUGGCAUUCUUGCUAUUCUCACUGCGGGAGCUGCUUAUGUCCCCGUCGAUGUGGAUGACCCGGAUGAGCGAGCUCGACUUGUCUGGACAGAAGCCAAUGUGUCUGCAGUCUUGACCGAUAAUGAAACUCUUACGCCUCAUAGCCCACCGGUAGGGAGCUCAAGACAGCGUCGCCCUGGCCCCGAGGACGACGCCUGGGUUAUUUUUACUUCUGGUUCAACCGGCAAGCCAAAGGGCGUAGCUGUCACUCACCGCAGUGCGGCAGCCUUUGUUGAUGCCGAAUCCCUCAUUUUCCUUCCAGAUCGACCACUUGGUCCAGGAGACCGAGUCCUUGCUGGUCUCUCGGUUGCAUUUGACGCCUCAUGCGAGGAAAUGUGGCUGGCCUGGCGAUAUGCUGCCUGCCUCGUUCCCGCACCACGCUCCUUAGUUAAAGCCGGCGCCGAUCUAGGAACCUUCCUUACAACACAGCGCAUCACGGUCGUCUCUACCGUGCCCACAUUGGCCGCAUUAUGGCCGGCCGAAGCCCUCCGAGGACUUCGCCUGCUUAUCCUUGGAGGAGAAGCCUGUCCAUCUGAGCUGGCAAACAGGCUCGCCAGCACUGUUGAGUCAGUUUGGAACACCUACGGCCCGACGGAAGCAACAGUUGUAGCUUGCGGCGCACCACUGGUUGCCGGCCAGCCAGUACGAAUUGGUCUGCCCCUGGCCGGUUGGAAACUAGCCGUUGUCGGCCCCGACGACAAACCCGUCGGCUGGGGCGAAGAGGGAGAGUUGAUCAUUGGCGGUGUCGGAAUGGCCCGCUACCUCGAUCUCGAUAAAGACAAGGUCAAGUUUGCGCCAGCUCCCGUAUUUGGUGGAGAACGAGCCUACCGCAGUGGAGACUUGGUUCGCGCCGAGCGAGACGGACUCCUCUUUGUCGGCCGAAACGAUGAACAAAUCAAGCUUGGUGGACGACGCAUCGAACUGGGUGAGAUUGACGCCGCCCUCCUGACUUUACCAGACGUGUGCGCCGCAGCAUGUACCAUCCAACGCAGCGAAAUGGGCGCGCAGGUGCUUGUGGGUUACAUCGUCUGCAACAAUGGCCGCGCACCUACAGCCCAGGAUCGCGAACUUCUCCGCCGUGCAUUGCCCCCAACCCUCGUCCCUAUGCUUGUUACUGUCGACGACCUCCCAGUCCGGACCUCCGGCAAAGUGGACCGGAAGUCCCUCCCUUGGCCGCCGCCUCCACGGCCGGCCCCACAUGGCGGAGCCGGCAGCCACGGCCAAUCCGGACACGCGGAGAAAUUCGAUGCUGAUGGUACCACAGCAUGGAUUGCUGAGCAAUGGCGUCGCGUUCUGGGUAUGCCCCCGUCUCUGGAUUCUAAUUUCUUCGAUCUUGGUGGAACCAGCUUGGGUGCUGCGCAGCUCAUCUCUCAAAUCCGGCUAAAAUGCCCUACGAUUUCCGUCGCUGACGUCUACGAGAAUCCCACCCUGGAAGCAAUGGCUGCUCGUGUCGAAGACUUGAUGGACACCAAGGAGAUUGAACGCGAGGUGGUACCAACUCCCCGAUGGCUUAUGCUGAUUCAGUUUUUCAUCAUGCUGAUUGAGAUGGGUUUCAAUGGCAUUCGCUGGGUCAUCACGCUUGGCUUUGUCAAAAAGAUCUUCGUUCUGGUCCUCGGACCCAACAAUUGGGCGGGAGCUUACGCACUCCCAUGGUGGUUGAUUGCAGUCGUCUGGGGCAUCUUCGGUACUGCAAUUGGACGGCUUAUCCUCAGCGCAGGAAUUGCCCGAGUUGUAUUGUUCGGCAUUCGCCCUGGCACCUAUAAGCGUGGAGGCAUUCGACACAUCAGACUCUGGGCCGUCGGCCGUUUGAUGGGACUCGUUGGGACUGGAGCUGCAGCCGGUACCCCUUGGAUCAGAUACUACGCCCGCUUGGUGGGCUGCCGAGUAGCUUCGGGUGUGCAGCUUCAUGCCUUCCCACCAGCCACAGGUCAUGCAAGCUUUGGCCCAGGAUGUGCCGUAGAGCCGGAAGCCGAUAUUGCCGGAUGGUGGCUUGAUGGUGACAAGCUGCAUAUUGGAAGCAUUACCAUUGGCGAGGGAGCAAGGGUUGGUGCCCGCAGCACACUUAUGCCUGGCACAAUCCUGGAUCCGUAUGCCAAUGUUCCUCCUGGCGUCAGCGUCGAAGGCAUUGUUCGAGCUUCUGACAAUUCACUUGAGAUCAAGGCAAGUCAAUCACCCCACGCCACCAAGCGGGAGAGCAUUUGGAUAUGGCUCUUGUACACGGGUUCCAUGAUGGGCAUGGAUAUCCUGGGUCUUGUCAGCCUGGCCCCAAUUAUUGCUCUCAUGCCCGUCUUUAGACCCGAUUACAACAAUCUCGGAGAGAUCAUUAUGGCCCUUGUCAAGAUUGCAGCCCCAGGAUCAGCAAUCGGGUUGAUCAUGUACGGCGUCUCUGUGAUUUUAUGGGUCCGAUUUGCCAGUCUUUUUCUCAAGCCUGGUGUCUACCCAUGGCAUGGCGUCACAACCUGGGCGGCUUGGUUGACCCAUGGCUUGAUGAUGAACGCACGAACUGUCUACUUCCCUGCUUACGCAAGCUUGUUCACUCCUAUUUGGUUGAGGUUACUGGGCGCCCGCGUUGGCCGCAAUGUUGAGGCGUCGACAGUGGUCCCCAUUCCAUCACUGCUUGACGUGAAAGACGGAAGUUUCCUCGCUGACGACGUCCUCUUAUCGCCCUUUGAGCUUGCCGGUGGUCAAGUCCGCAUUGGCACUGCAACAAUCGGCGAGAAGUCGUUUGUUGGCAAUUCAGCCAUCGUGGACCCAGAUGUGGAAAUCCCCGAAGGUGUAUUAAUCGGUGUGUUGAGCUCAGCUUUGGGCCCAGAGGAAAUGGGCUGCAAAAUCGCUCCCGGUAACUCGUAUCUCGGCAGACCACCCAUGGCUAUCCCCAGACGCAUCACAACUCUUGCUGACAACGCACGCACCUUUGAUCCGCCAUUCAAGUUGAAGGUAGCCAGAGCAUUGGUCGAGUGUUGCCGUGUGAUCCCACUGAUCAUCUCUGGUGUUCUUGCAACCUGUAUUGCGAUAGGAAUGCUCUGGGUCUUCGUCACCUUUGGAGUCGGCUGGGCAGUCUUGGCCAGCGGUGGACUUUUUUUUGUUGGUGGUGUGACUGCUUGUGUUAUCACAACAUUGGCAAAAUGGCUCUUGACGCCAAACAUCAAAGCCGGGCACCAACAUCCCCUAUGGAGCUCCUUCGUCUGGCGCAAUGAGCUCGCCGACACAUUCAUUCAGUGCCUCGCUGUGCCCUGGUUCGUCACAGUAUGCUACGGCACCCCUUUCCUUAAUAUUUGGAUGCGCUCCCUCGGUUGCAAGAUUGGACGUGGUGUCUGGCUAGAAAGCCAUUUGUUGCCCGAGGCUGACUUGAUUACACUGGAAGAUGGUGCAACCGUCAAUCGCGGCGCCGUCCUCCAGACUCACCUGUUCCAUGACCGACUCAUGCGUCUCGACAAGGUCCACCUUGAAGCUGGCGCGACACUCGGCCCUUACGCCAUCUCACUUCCAGGUACUGUUAUCGGAGCUGGCACGACUAUCGCUCCCACUUCACUCGUUAUGCGUGGGGAGAGUAUCCCAGCUGGCACAAGAUGGCGUGGCAACCCUGUCCGAACGUGGCACAGCGAAAAGGAGAGCCCCAGCCCCAGCUCUGGUUCUGACAAUGAGUCACUACCUCCAGUAUGA